AUGGCGUUCAAAUACGCCGCUAAUCUUGCUUGUCGCCCUUAUAAGAAACGGACAGUUGUCAAUGAAACUGGUGGUCGAUUGUUAGUCGGGGCAAUAGAUUUCGGAACGUCAUAUUCUGGUUGGGCAUUCUCUUUUAAACAUGAAAAUAAAAGAAGUCCCCCAGGUGCAACCGUUAAAAUUUGGGAUGCAGGAACGAUAACCACAGAAAAAACACCGACAUGUUUAUUGCUAAAACCAGACGGAACAUUUGAUUCAUUUGGCUACGAUGCAGAGAAGAGAUAUGGAAAGCUUUCAGCCAAACAUCUACACUCGAAAUACUUCUUCUUCAGGCAUUUUAAAAUGAAGCUCUACGAACCGUAUGGAAAGGGUAUUAAAAGGGACAUGAUGAUACAUGAUGAAAUUGGCAAACAGUUUUUGGCCAUAGACGUGUUUUCAAUAUCGUUGAAAUACCUGGUAAAGGAUAUGAUGGAAACUGUAAAUCAGCGAACAGUAGGAGAAUUGUUACCCCCUGAUAUCGGCUGGGUAUUAACAGUUCCUGCAAUAUGGUCGGAUGCAUCGAAGCAGUUUAUGAGAGAGGCGGCGAUAAAAGCGGGAAUAGACGAGGACCAGCUGAGUAUUGCUCUGGAACCCGAGGCAGCUUCAAUAUAUUGCCGCCAUUUACCAGUAGCUGCAUCAGGAAAUGAGACAAUUUCAAAGCUUCCAGCUGGUACCAAGUAUAUUGUUGUAGACGCAGGAG